UCCCUUGUCUCCACAAAUCCCCAGAGUCACACUCUUUUAUAGGGUUUCCAGUCGUUGCAGUAUACGAGCUUCUGCACUGCCGCUGCAUCGGAUCCCCAAAGCCAAAUAGCGAGCCGGCAAUUGUCUCGUCGCCAUAGCAAAACAUGGGUCGCAUGCAUAGUCGCGGCAAGGGGAUAUCUGCCUCUGCAUUGCCCUACAAGCGAACUCCGCUCAGCUGGCUCAAGAUUUCUUCUCAGGACGUUGAAGAAAACAUCGGCAAGUUUGCGAAGAAGGGCUUGACCCCGUCGCAGAUCGGCGUCAUUCUUCGUGACUCUCAUGGCAUCCCUCAGGUCAAGAGCGUCACUGGAAGCAAAAUCUUGCGCAUUCUCAAGGCUCACGGGCUUGCCCCUGAGAUUCCCGAGGAUCUGUACCAUUUGAUUAAGAAGGCGGUUGCGAUCCGGAAGCAUCUGGAGAGGAGCAGGAAGGAUAAGGACUCUAAGUUCAGGUUGAUUCUCGUGGAGAGCAGAAUUCAUCGGCUGGCUCGCUACUACAAGCGGACUAAGAAGCUUCCACCCGUUUGGAAAUAUGAGUCAACCACAGCAAGCACUCUGGUAGCAUAGUGCAUGCAUUAUUUCACAUGAGAGGGCGUAGCACUGGCAUACUGAUUUUAAGGGAAGACCUUGCUGUGGCACUUGUACAUUACAAAAUCAAUGGUUUUUGGGUGCUCCUGUAGUACAGGUGAGUGAAAGUUUGCCCUGGAUGUAUAGGGACUAGAAGGAAAAGACUCCUUUAAUCAUAUUUUUGGAUGCAAUGGCUGUCAUAUGUCUUCAACUUUUAUCUGCUGCAGUGGAUGAUCAAUCGUGAAGCUUGGUUUUAUGAGUUAGAAAAAUUCAAAUGGUUAUCCGUACAUGAAAAUUUGUGGCGAUUGCUUUGGCCACAAAGGGAGGAUAUGUUUAAUCUGAUAAUGAACUGAUCCUUGGAACGGUUGAAGUUCUAUCUAUUUAUUUCCAAUGCUUAUCUUGGCGCUGAGAAGCUUAAGAGGGGUUUUCAUC